AUGAGCUCUAUUGAUGAGAAGCCUCUUUCAUGGUUCAUCAGACUGAUUCAUGAUACUUGCAUUCAUUUGAAUAAAUCUAUGUUGCUCCUCUGCUUAUUCCACUCUAAUUCUACAAUGAGCUCUAUUGAUGAGAAGCCUCUUUCAUGGUUCAUCAGACUGAUUCAUGAUACUUGCAUUCAUUUGAAUAAAUCUAUGUUGCUCCUCUGCUUAUUCCACUCUAAUUCUACAAUGAGCUCUAUUGAUGAGAAGCCUCUUUCAUGGUUCAUCAGACUGAUUCAUGAUACUUGCAUUCAUUUGAAUAAAUCUAUGUUGCUCCUCUGCUUAUUCCACUCUAAUUCUACAAUGAGCUCUAUUGAUGAGAAGCCUCUUUCAUGGUUCAUCAGACUGAUUCAUGAUACUUGCAUUCAUUUGAAUAAAUCUAUGUUGCUCCUCUGCUUAUUCCACUCUAAUUCUACAAUGAGCUCUAUUGAUGAGAAGCCUCUUUCAUGGUUCAUCAGACUGAUUCAUGAUACUUGCAUUCAUUUGAAUAAAUCUAUGUUGCUCCUCUGCUUAUUCCACUCUAAUUCUACAAUGAGCUCUAUUGAUGAGAAGCCUCUUUCAUGGUUCAUCAGACUGAUUCAUGAUACUUGCAUUCAUUUGAAUAAAUCUAUGUUGCUCCUCUGCUUAUUCCACUCUAAUUCUACAAUGAGCUCUAUUGAUGAGAAGCCUCUUUCAUGGUUCAUCAGACUGAUUCAUGAUUCAUUUGAAUAA